AUGUCUCUCCAAAUAGCAGGGUUCAACGUUGAAGUCAAGCCAAGCGUGCCUCCUGAACAUGAGGCUGCGGGUGUUUACGACAAAUUCAACCCGUCGACUCGGAAGCUGCCCAAAGGACACCGCCGAACAGUAGAGAAUAAGGCCUUUGAAGCCAACACAAUCUUCGAAAAAGAUGUUGCAAUGCCAAUGAGAGACGGCAUCAAGCUCUACUGUGACGUUUUCCGCCCCGACACUGCGGAGAAGGUGCCGGCAAUUCUCAUCUGGAGCCCCUACGGCAAGUCGGGCAACGGUCCCCAUGGUUUAGGUAUGCUGCCCGGCCGUUUCGGUGUUCCAAUGUCGGAAGUCUCUGACUACGAAAAGUUCGAAGGUUUAGACCCCGCUACGUGGACUGCGAGAGGCUAUGCCAUCGUAAAUGUAGACCUUCGGGGCACUUGGGAUUCCGAGGGCAUUACACCAUGGCUGGGAGAUCAAGAUGGCAAAGAUGGAUACGACGUAGUUGAGUACAUCGCCAAGCUCAAUUGGUGCACGGGCAAGGUAGCUUUUGGAGGCAACAGCUGGCUCGCCAUGGUACAGUGGGUAAUCGCAGCCCAGCGACCGCCAUCGUUAGCCGCGAUCGCGCCAUGGGAAGGGAACUCGGACUUUUAUCGAGAUACCCUUUGCCGAGGCGGAGUACCAUACCCAUAUGAUGCCAUGUGGGGACUGUUACAAGACACUAUGGUUGGUCGCAUGGGAACCGAGGCUCCCAUCCCUAUGCUGGAAAAGUAUCCGUUAUACAACGACUACUGGGAAGAUAAGAGAGCGAAGUUGGAGAACAUCGACGUGCCUACCUAUGUUUUGGCGAGCUACUCCAGCGCCCUCCACACCACCGGUUCGAUUCGAGGGUACAACCACAUUUCCUCGAAGGACAAGUGGCUUCGGAUUCACCCUAAGCAGGAAUGGUCAGAUUUGUAUGACCCAGAGAAUGUCAAUGACUUGACAAAGUUCUACGACUACUUCGUCAAAGGGAAGGAAAACGAUUGGGGAAGCACGCCUUCUGUGCGGGUUUCACUGCUAGGUUUCAACAAACCUAAUGUUGUCAAUAUUCCUUUUCCGUCAUACCCAAUCCCAGAGUCUGCCAUUGCACGGACUAGGCUCUACCUGGGAGAUGACAAAAAGCUCGGAAUAGUACCAUCCAAAAGCGCCGGGACUGUAUCGUAUGACGCAACCUUUUCUCCCAAGAAUGGACCUCUCCAGGGCGAUGAGGAGCUAUUCUUCAGUUACAAGUUUACUAAGGAGACUUGGCUGCUUGGUUAUUCGUGGAUAGUCCUCAACAUAGCCAACGAGAGCGAAGACGAUAUCGACGUCUUUGUGCAACUCGGAAAAUCCGAUGUCUCUGGCCAGCAGCUCAUCAACAUGAACGUACCCUUGGAGGAUUUGGUACCGCCUGCCAAGAGCCCCUCUGAGGUGGCGGACUCAUGCUUCCUCAAGUAUCUCGGGCCAACUGGCGCCCUUCGAGGAAGUCAUGCAGUCACCAAAGUGAAGAAUAAGUUCAGCGGAGACUGGCCCGAGUACACCAACACUUCGAGAAAAGCCAUUCCUGCUGGUACAGUCACCAAACUCGAGAUUCCAAUUUGGCCGACGGGGAUGAUCUACGGCCCUGGGGAGUCGUUGACUCUCAAGGUCUCCGGGCAUUACAUGAGCUAUAUGGAGUUUCCUCACUUGUAUGGCGCCUCUCAUCGGAAUAAGGGACGCCAUACCGUUCACUUUGGCGGUGAUACUGAGAGUUAUCUUGUUUUGCCAUUGACGGAUCCGAUCUCUAAGUAG